AUGGCUCCUCGCCAUGUGGAGAUCACAGAGACGGACGAGGCUGGCAACACCAUUGCUACUUACUUAUCCUCUGGGACCAGCUCCGAAAAUGUCUGCAGAAUUGAUGUGAUACACCCAACGACGCAGAGGCCAUGGCAGAAGCUGCUGAACAUCUUUCUCCCGGCCGGCUAUCCCCACAGCGUGACUGAUGACUAUCUCGAGUACCAGAUCUAUGACUCACUCCAAGCAUUUGCUAGCAGUAUCGCAGGAUUACUGAGCUCCCGCGCUGUACUUUCGUCUGUCGGCGUUGGCGACUCCACAUCCUCACCAACAGCGGCACUGCUUCUGAGUAUCGUCCAAGACUCUGUAGGACGCCUGGCGACCAUCGCUUUCGCCGAUCGAUAUGGUACAGCAUUGGAGCCGGAGUGCAAGAUGUAUCGUCUGCUAGCCGAUGUGCUCAACGACAUUGCGUUCAUCCUGGACUGCAUGUCUCCGAUAUUUCCAAAGGCGGUUCGCGUCGUCAUUCUCAGCUUCAGCAGCGUUCUCCGAGCACUGUGUGGCGUGGCUGCAGGAUCAGCAAAGGCCAGUCUGAGCGCUCACUUUGCGCGAUGGGGGAACCUGGGAGAGCUCAAUGCUAAAGACUCGAGUCAGGAGACUGUCAUAUCUCUGCUCGGCAGUCUGGCAGGCUCCGUGGUCGUGUACUACGUCACAAGUCCAUUCGCUACCUGGACAACGCUCAUACUACUGCUAGCGAUACAUUUGGAGACGAAUAGAAGAGCUGUACGAGCUGUCAGUAUGCGUACACUCAAUCGACAACGAGCCACUCUUGUCUAUCACCAUCUGAAACGUGGGCGCGUGCCGAAUCCCAGAGAGGUAUCCGAGCAGGAGUUGAUAUUUGAACGAGAUGGUGUUCUACGUUCUGUAGUAGGUGCGAUUGUGGGCUGGUGCAAAAUCGGCUCGCAGCUCGAGAUACCACUGCGACGCAUGGCGUUCAAGCGUGGCGUGACUCGAUCAUUAUUGAUGAAAGAUUCCUGGUUUGAGCAGACCAUGCUUCUGCUUGGGAACAGGCGCUAUGUACUCAUCUUGGAAGAAGGCUCAGCUCUGCCGCAUGUAUACAUUGUGCUCGAGAAGCAAGCGACUACUGCAGACAUCCUAGCGGGUUGGUGGCAAGCUCUAGCCUUUGCAGAAGCACAUGCAUCAGGUUCACGAGGCAGCAAGGAAUUGAGCUAUGUACAAGAUGAUGAGAUCUUCUCACGUCUGGCAGCUACCGCACAUUCGACCAGUGAUAUGAUGGAGCAGUACCGGACUCGACUCGUGGAAGCUGGCUGGGAUUUGGACACAAAUGCCCUUGAGACAAGGUCAGCUGCGCGAAUCACCGUUGGCACCAAAUAA